AUGACAGGUGUCUCUGACUUCUCGGCAAAGGUGUCAAGACAUGUCUCCCAACGGCUCUAUACCUCGAUCGCUCCCCUCACUGAGGCCAAUCUCUACCGACACACUAUCACCAGCCCGCCCUCGCAAGAUGCCAAGCUGAAGCACAUCCUUGGAUACGUCGAGUUACAGCGCGAGCUCAUCGCACUCGAAGAAGAUCUCUAUCGCAGCGUAACAGACAAGGGCCAUUGGCACAACACUACCAACAACAACUCUUACACAAACAACAACAUCGAGUUACACAGCUCUCAACUUGCUCCACACAACAAGGACACACAAUACCAUGAUGACGAGACUAUCGACCAAUUCGAUCUCAUAUAUAGCCAAAGUCUACCCCAACAACAGCCUGCUGCUCUCGUCCACCGCCGGUCUCUUACCAGUUCGUACCACCAGCGCAAGAACAGCUCACCAAACCCAUACACAUCACCACAACAGCAACAACGACACACACCACCUCCUCUCCCCUCUCCUGCACUCUAUAUGCAGCAACAUCAUCAACAACUCAAUCAAUCUCGACCUGCACAGCAACAACAACAGUCCACAACAGGAACCCCUGCACAACGCCAUCUCGAUAAUAUUCCUGAUGGUUUGGACCCAACCAUGGCCCUCCCGAGAGCCCUUCCAAGGACCAAAAUGACCCAUCACGAUCAAACACUCUAUCGCGACUCCUUUUACUCGGGGAUUGGCCAAGAAACUGAUUGGCGACAAUUAGAGGAGCUGGACCCGGACUCUCUUGCGGGCAUCCACCUCUAUGGCGACACCAGUGAUCUCCAACCACACGCCGCGUCCCAACAACAACAGCAGCAACGACAACAGCAACCCUCACCUGCCGCAGCAUCCUCACCCUUGAACAAAUACCCAACCUAUGAAUUCACACCCGACCCCGCACCAAGGAACAGUGAUUGGCAGCAUGAGCGGCAUCUUCAGCAGUUACAGCAACAGGCCAUCCUCAAACAGCUUCAGUGCCCGGAUGAUGAGGAUAAAGAUGAUGAGGGCGAGGCCAAGGUACAAAUGGCGACGAGGCUCCAUCGUCGUCAACACUCGAUCGCCCAGGCCCAGCAGUUACAGUUUGAGCAGCAACACCAGCAACAUCAGCGUCAAUUAGUGUCGCCCCCGCCGACUUUUAUCGAGAAGGAGAAGAAGGCUGGUCGGUUCUCGUCUCGGUUCUCGUUCUUAACCCGUCGUCGUCAGCAUUCUCAACCUCAGCCUGAGCAUCAGCGCAGCGAUAGCAUGCCAAAUGCGUCCAAAGAGCCCUGGUUGAAUGAUUUUGGGAACAAGUCUGGUGGACCCGACCGUCUCAACACUUUGGGACAUCGUCGUAGCGGGAACCAGUUAGUCGUCGCCACCGCAGGAGGAGGAGGAGCAUCACCAUCACCACUCUCGUUCUCGGGAGGUCCCGGCGCAACGACGCCUAUUGAGGAGGAGCAAGAGCAGGUCCAAGAGGAGGGGUUCCCAGUCAAGAACAAGAGCCGAGUCAAGCAGAUGUUCAGGGAUGUGUUUGGAAUCUCGAAGAAGAAGUGUCAGUCGCCCGAUCUUGCCUUCCGGGACAUCUCUCUACCAUCGACCCAUAUCCGGUCGUCCUCGACACCCGCGCACCAGCAUCAACAGUUGUAUGGCCACCCUCAGCAUUUGGAUCCUUCUAUCAACAGUCAGUACCAUUACUCGACUGCCGUCGCCCAGCGCAGGGGACUCAUUACCCCUGUCUCGAGACCUGACACCGCCCAAUCUAGCUACCGUAAUAACAACGACAACACCAGCAACAACAGGAACCAGAACAACAACAGCAACAACAGGAGUCGAGCCCGCGAGAGCCUUGUAGACCCUGUGCAGCAGCUUGGGUUCCAGAAGAUGGAAUUUGACGAGGACUGUGAUCUCCUUGGUGGCAGCGGCGCCUUCCCUGAGGGACAAAACGCCUAUGGCCAGACUUCUUUGACCCCACCCCCAGCAUCGUCAGUCCUCCGGCACUCGACGUCUCCCCACCGCAGUUUCUUGAGUGGUGCGGCAGAGUACGAACCCGUCUUGAUCACUGCCUCCGCUGCCAACACUAUGUUUCAGCAGCAGCAGCCUCAGGGUGGGGCGGUUGUUGGAGGACGAACUAACAGAACGUCAGGUCCACCUUCGCAGUUGACCAACACCUCGCCCACGUCCAAGGACUAUGUCGAUAGUGGUGAUUCCACUGGCGGGCUUGAGCAGCCUUAUACCACUACAGCCUCGAACGCCACCACCCUCAACCAACACCACACCACCAACACCAACACCAACACCACUGCCACCGCCACCAUCAAAGGCGGAAGCAUCUACAGCCAACAACAGCCCCAACAGCCCUGCCUCUACAGCUCACCAGUGGGAGGAGGAGGUCAGCAUCAGAAAUCGCUUUCUUAUGACUAUGAUCAGGCGAUGACCAUGUCGACGUACGAUAACGGUCCUACGAUUGUGUCGAUGGCGCAGGUGCAGAAGGUUGAUUUGGAGGGUCUGCGACAGAGUCAUGGACAUUAUUCUCUUCAUCACCAUCAUCAUCAAACACCGCCUUCGCAUUCCCAUCAUCUGGGCAUGGUUGCUGUCGAGUCUCCCUUUGCCUAA